GAGAUCAUGUCUCUGAGUCGUGACUCGCUUUCACAUGUCCUGCUGGACUUCCCAGAGGAGCAGAUGCGCUUCAGAAAGGCAGCCACACUGAUGGCUCUCUUUGCAGUGGCGAAGAUCUACCGAGUCGAGCUCGUCGCAGAGGAGCGGGAUCCACACAACCGUUGGAUCCAUGAUGUCUUCGAAACGGCGCGCAAGAUUGGACUGGAG